GGUGCUCUCCUCCUGCUGCCCCUCACAGUGACGCUCCCAGCCCUGCGCUGUCUGCAGCAUUUCAGAGGAAUAUGAACACGAGACCAGCCGAGUAAAGUUAUUUCCAUGGAAAGGAAGGGUCCAAGUGCAGGACCAUGGGAUAUGGCCAAAUCCUCCACCAACGUGGGAAAGAGGAGGACCAGGUCAACCUCAAUGUGGGAGGAGUGCAAUACAAAGUGGAUCCAAACAAGCUGCUUCGUUUCCCCCAGACCCGCCUGGCUCGCUUGCUGCUCUGCCAGAGCGAGGCGGCGAUCCUGGAGCUGUGCGAUGACUACAACCCAGCUGAGAAGGAGUACUACUUCGACAGAAAUCCCCGGGUCUUCCUCUGUGUGCUCAACUUCUACCACACAGGGCGCAUCCACAUGAUGGAGGAGCUCUGCAUCUUUUCUUUCAGCCAGGAGAUCGAGUACUGGGGCAUCCACGAGGUGCAUCUUAGCUCCUGCUGCUACAACUGGUACCACGAGAGGAAGGAGUACAUCGAGGAUCGGGACUGGGACACAAUGAGUGAUGACAACCAUGAGCCGAGCUUCGACUCCUCCUUUGAGGAGCUUUCGGCUCUUGAUAAAGACCUUGCAAAGUUCAAAGGUGCAUGGUGUUCAGAAGUGAGGAGCUACAUUUGGCUCAGACUGGAGGAUCCGGGCCACUCCAGAGCCUCAAAGAUCAUUGCGGUGGCUUCCCUCAGCGUGGUGCUGACCUCCAUUGUUGCCAUGUGCAUCCAUAGCAUGCCAGAGUUCCAGCGUGUGGACGAUAAUGAGAAACCCAUCGAAGACCCUGUCCUCACCAUCCUAGAGGAGAUAUGCAUCGCCUGCUUCUCUGCUGAGUUCAUCAUCAGGUUGAUUGUCGCGCCCUCCAGGAGGAAGUUCCUUGGAAACCCCUUGAACAUCAUCGACGUUGCUUCCAUCCUGCCAUUUUACGCCACAUUAGCUUUAGAGACAGCAGAUGAGGAGGGCAUGGAGGAGAAUGAGAACUUGGAGAAUGUGGGGAGGGUGGUGCAGGUGCUCCGCCUUAUGAGGGUUCUCAGAAUCCUCAAGCUGGCACGCCACUCCAUCGGACUGCGAGCUCUGGGCGCCACCGUUCGUCACAGCUACCAAGAGGUGGGUCUGCUCAUUCUCUUCCUCUCAGUGGGAAUCUCUGUCUUUUCUGCACUGAUCUACUUUGCUGAGAAAGAGGAAAAGUACACCGAUCUGGGGACCAUCCCUUCAGGUUGGUGGUGGGCCUUGAUCACCAUGACCACAGUUGGUUAUGGAGACACAUGUCCAGUGACGCUUGCAGGAAAGUUAGUAGCCACCUUAUGUAUCAUCUGCGGCCUAUUAGUAGUGGCUCUGCCCAUCACAGUGAUCUUUAAUAAGUUUUCAAAGUACUAUCAGAGAAACAAAGCCAUGGAGGGUCGGGGAAUCACCAAACCUGUGAGGCAAGACCCAGAACUCCCUUAUUACAACAUUAAAGAGUUGUUCACAGGAAGCGUGUAUCCCUUUAUAGGAAGUAUUGCUUUCAGGAACAGCGAGAGCAGUGGAGGGGACGACACAGACGCCUCCAGCCUCCAGGACAUUGAGGCAUACGAUAAUGACGCUUGCGAAAAUGGGCCAACCAAAUGA